AUGGUGGCCAAUGUCGGUAUAUGGAGCCUCGACUACAAUACGCGGGACAAGUGGAGGCCAGGCUGGCUCUCCGAUGACCACGGCGAGUGCGUCGUUCCAUCUGCCGUAGCCUUCAACAGCAGCAACAUCACCUCGUCGGCGAUGCUUAAACUCACACCACUCGAGAGUUUCGGCAGCAUGAAGGCCUUGGUGCUGAAGUGGAAUGAAACGACACUAGUGGCCGAGAUGCGGUCGAAGGAGGGCAUCAAUGUCAACUCUUGCACGACUGUCAUGUUUUACUACACUUUGACGAUGGAUCUCGGGGCGAGUGAGGGUCCGAUCCGAGUCCUAUAUGAUACCUCCGGGUGGAGAACAGCCAUUUUCAUCAAUGAUAACUUUUGUUAG